GACUGCCAGAACAGCAGGCACUUGCAGGUAACUGGGUACUCGCUGUGCCACCAGCGCAUACAGGGACCUGAAGAGGCACCAGCGAUUUGCAGCCCAGAGCCUGAGCACAACAGCCGCAGGCAUUUGGCAACGGCACAGGGGCCUCCGAAGGUCACUGCGCAGCUCCACGUCACAGCAACAGCUCAGCUCGCCGACGUCCCAGGAGCUUCAAGCUGUCCAACGGCGUCAUCGUCACCACGCUAAACCUGUUAAUCUCUGCACUACUCACAUUCGAAUAAACAAACACAUCCAGAAGCAAUUUUACCUACCGAUUAAAAUCCUCCCAUUGCUUGUGCCGGCGUCAAUCAAAGUGGUCCAUGGCCCACCAACAUCGCCAACUCCCGACUCCGUAAACGAAGAAGCCGAUGUGGUUGGAUCGCCUGGCCGCUGGCCCAAAUAGUGCAUCUGGCGCAUCAACUCCUCAGUCAGCAUCACGGUCAUUCUCUCCGCUGCCUCGCAGGACCUCGAGUAACCUCAGCCCUUACGUCACCUCCCAGAGGCAGGGCCAUUCGCCCCGUGGAUCCUCCUUAUCGCUGGUCUCAAGCGACUCGUCUGUGUCGCUACUCGCUGCCUCGCGUCGCCCAAAUGGAUCUGGUGUUAGACAAUCCUCUGCAUUGAACGAUCAAGCCGCACGAUCUAUCGAUGCAUUGGAUAAGUUGCUGCGCACGGGAGACGGCGCUGCGCUGGGGGAUACCCGCCAAUCUUCGCUUAUUUCUGACGGCGACCUUGAGUUCGAUUUCGAUUUUGAUGGCCUUUUACUUACAGAAUUGGCGGCAACAACCAAGGACUAUCAUCCGACAGGGCCAGCUCUACGACUACAAUCUAGGGAUGAGUAUACGGCCGAGGAAACAAAAUUCGAAGAAUUGCACAAGUCUAUAUCUGCCUGCGACGAUAUUCUUGGUUCUGUCGAAAUAAAUCUUGCUAGCUUUCGCGAUGACUUAGCAGCUGUUUCCGCUGAUAUCGAAUCACUCCAAGAUCGAUCCACGGCCCUUAACCGGCGCCUGGAAAACCGACGAGAGAUUGAGAAGGCUCUUGCUCCUAUUGUCGAAGAUCUGAGUUUAUCUCCAGAGACAAUAUCGAAGAUUGCUACCGGCACGAUCGAUGAAUCUUGGACUAAAGUGCUGGCCGAGGUGGACCGUCGAGCAACAUCUCAUAAGAAGGCCAAGCCGGAUAGCCAGCGAAGCAAAGCGGCUGAGGACAUGGGACCUCUUCUUGAAAAGCUCAUACAAAAGGCAAUUGAGCGGAUAAGAGACUUCAUUGUUACCCAAAUAAAGUCUCUACGGUCCCCGCAAGUUAACGCCCAAGUUAUCCAGCAGCAGAGCUUUUUACGAUACAAGGAUCUUUUUACUUUUUUGCAUAGACAUCAUGCGGUGUUGGCGGAGGAGAUUGCGCAGGCCUAUAUGAACACCAUGCGCUGGUAUUAUCAAACCCAAUUUGCACGAUAUGAGAAAUCAUUAAACAAGAUGAAGCUUCAUGUCAUCGACAGAAGCGACAGCAUCGGCUACGAAGAAUCCUCGAGGAUUGCCAACGUGUUGUCAGUGUCUAGAUCAAGCGCUCCACCACAUGAUGCCUUCAACCUGGGUCGACGGAUGGACAUAUUGAAAGCUACAAAUCAACCAGCAGUGCCCUCCCACUUAGCUGAAGAAGACCAAACAACGCAUUAUUUGGAAACGCCGUUUCGCAAUUUUAACCUCGCCCUCAUCGAUAAUGCCAUGGCUGAGUACACCUUCAUGGCUUCAUACUUUUCACCAGCCCUCUCCUUCUCCAAAAUUAACAAGUACUUUAACUACGUUCUUGACCCGGCUUUUGAUUUGGGGCGAAACCUAUCAAAGACGCUUGUUUCCGAAACCUACGACGCCAUAGCAAUUCUGCUCUGCAUCAGGCUGAACCAACAUUCCGCUUUUGAACUACAGCGACGAAAGGUCCCGGCCGCAGAUGGGUAUAUCAACGCCACGAAUAUGCUCCUCUGGCCACGAUUUCAAGUUGUGAUGGACAAGAAUGCAGAAUCGGUGAAACUGAUGGCCAGCAACAUCCCCGCCAAGCCGACCAAGUCCUCGAGUGACGCUUCGAAAUUAUCGGCGGCUCCGCACAUGGUCACGCAACGGUUUGGCCAAUUACUCCAUGCCAUUCUUUCACUGAGUGCUGAGGGCGGCGAUGAUGAGCCUGUUAUGGCUAGUUUGCAAAGACUACGUACCGAGGUUGAGGCCUUUCUUACGCGUGUUAGCAAUACAUACGGCUCAGAUCGACGAAAGAGCUCUCGCUUUAUGUAUAAUAAUUAUUCUCUUAUUCACACAAUCAUAGCUGAUGCCAAGGGUAAGCUUGCUGAGGAACAGCAAGAUCAUUUUGAUGAACUCAAACAGGCGUACCAAGAUGAGGACUAAUACACCUGGUUCAUCUCACCUCUUGAUUGAAAGACAAAGACCUUCUAUCCUUUGGCGCCGGCGUCAUUCUGCGUCACAUUAUAGGCAUAACUGCAAAUCAAAUAGAAUUCUUUUUGCAUAUCAUUACAUCUUUUCUAUCUAGAAAAUACUGCUACAAAACUAUUUACAAUUCCAGGAUUGCGUCGUAGGUAAACCGCUAAGAUACCGACAGCUAUUGCCAUACUAGCAAUCCGAAUGGGGCGUCUAUAAAUCCAAAGAGCCAUCUUUGCCUUUUCUCUCAGUUCUAACCACUGAAGCUCUUUUGAUUGCGUCUUGAAAUAUAACUCUCCCUGCUCUAGUGAUUGUUCAUCGCAUCUGUCGAUUUGUCGGGCCGUUUUGAGGGCACUCGAUGGAGAUAUCCGUCGCCAAGAGCGGAGUGUUUCUGGACUAUAUUUCUUAUAAAGGUUAUCUGAACGUUGGACCAACUCAUCCAUAUUCAUUUUAGGUGGGACUCGUGCGAGUACAACUUGCAACAGGUCUGGCUCGUCAAUUUCGAAUAUCUCUUCUCGUCGAUCCAUGACUAUUUGUGCGAACAUGUAUAUGCUGAAGACAGGCUCGCGGGCCAGCAACACGUCAAAAAGCCGUGCAAUAUCAUGGUAGGCUUCGAUGUUAUGUGCAUACAUAGUCAGAGUCCCCGCUAGGGCGUAAAAGGGCUCAAUGCUUGCAACGUGUCGGCGGAGUUCGGGGUCAGCCUUGCCAAGGACAUCGGGCAAAAGCCGAAGCUGUGCGGUUGUAGGGCCAAGGGUCGGAAGCAUGAAAUCUCGGAUGCGUAACACUGAAAGGCGGGCAACAGACUGAGCGCUUAGCUGCCGACCUAGUACCAGGAGGAACACCUGGCAAAUGUCAUGGAAGCCUUGGAAAUAGCAUAAGAACGGAUAUCUCCUCAGCACUUCAACGAUAAGGUCGUAUAAUUCGUGCUUUCGCUGGGUCAUGUCUUCUUCUGUAAGAU